CACAGAGCAGACCCCGAACACACCAAGGCAGGGCCUCGCCCUUGCAGCUCUUUUCAGAGAACAGAAGGAAAUGCUCCAGGCUCAGAUUUUAAAGGACACCACGCCGUUACACAGCAUGGAGUUGUUACCGGAACCCCUGACAUUUCACGAUGUGGCCGUGGACUUCACCUGGGAGGAGUGGCAGCUCCUGGGCCCCGAGCAGAAGGACCUGUACAGGGACGUGAUGAUGGAGACCUACAGCCACCUGGUGUCACUGGGGUGUCAAGCCAGCAAACCAGACGCGCUCUCCAAGCUGGAACGAGGGGAAGAGCCGUGGACAGUACAGCGUGGACGCCACUGUCCAGUCUCUCCAGAACUCAGGAAGACGGAUGAUCUUCUGCAGCAUCACUUGCAAAUCCAAAGCCUUCAGAAGAGGGUGGACCGAGGCUGUGAACACAGUAUGUUAGCAGAUGUUGUUAAUCAGAGUGAAGAUCAUUCUCUAUUCAAGCAAAAUUGUGAUAUGUUUGAGAAAAGUAAAAAACCUUUAAAAUCAAAUUUAAAUUUUGAAAACCAAAACAGAAGUUGUAACUUAAAGAAUUCUGUGGAGUCGAAGGGAGAUGGAAUAUCCAUUCUUCAUGCUAACCAUGAACAAUUUAAUUCUGAGAUCAUGUUGCCUGUCAGUACCAAACCCAUUAAUAAUCAAUCCCAGGCCAUUCAGCAACAGAAAUCUCACAAUGUAGAGAAAGCCCAUGUAUGUGUUGGAUGCGGAGAAGCCUUCAUGAAGAUGUCUCAGCUCACUGAUCAUCAGAGAGUUCAUUUUAGUGAGAAACCCUAUGGGUGCAGUCUGUGUGGGAAAGCCUUUAGCAGAAAAUCCAGGCUCACUAAACAUCAGAAAAUACACACGGGACUCAAACAGAAUGAAUGCACUGAAUGCGACAAAACCUUCCUCAAGACAUCCCAGUUCAAUAAACAUCAGAAAAGUCACAUGAAAGAGAAACCUUCUACGUGUGGUGAAUGUGGGAAAGCGUUCAUCAUAAAGUCUCUUCUCAUUUAUCAUCAACGAACUCACACUGGAGAGAAGCCUUAUACAUGCAAUGAAUGUGGAAGGGGUUUUACCAAGAAGUGUCAUCUUAUUGAGCAUCUCCGAACUCACACAGGAGAGAGACCUUAUACAUGCAGUGAAUGUGGGAAAGGAUUCUCAGUGAAGCACCACCUCAUAGGACAUCAGCGAACUCAUACAGGAGAGAGACCUUAUACAUGCAGUGAAUGUGGGAAGGGCUUUAUCCACAAGAGUCAUCUUAUUGAGCACCACCGAACUCACACAGGAGAGAGACCUUAUACAUGCAGUGAAUGUGGGAAAGGAUUCUCAGUGAAGCACCACCUCAUAGGACAUCAGCGAACUCAUACAGGAGAGAGACCUUAUACAUGCAGUGAAUGUGGGAAAGGAUUCUCAGUGAAGCACCACCUCAUAGGACAUCAGCGAACUCAUACAGGAGAGAAACCUUUUUUAUGCAGUGAAUGUGGGAAACGAUUCUCAUGGAAGCGGUGCCUUAUUGGACAUCAGCAAAUUCAUACUGGAGAGAAACCCUAUGUAUGUGUUGUGUGUGAAAAAGGCUUCCCCUGGAGGGGUUCUCUCAUUAUACAUCAGCGGAGUCAUACUUCAGACAAACCAUAUAUGUGCAACGAAUGUGGAAAGGGCUUCACCGUGCAGAGUCGUCUGAUUAUACAUCAGUGAAUGCACACAGGAGAAAAGCCUUUUUUAUGCAGUGAAUGUGGGAAAGGCUUCUCAUUGAAUCAGGGUCUUGUUGAACAUCAGCGAACGCAUACUGGAGAGAAACCCUAUGUAUGUGUUGUGUGUGAAAAAGGCUUCACCAUGAAGCGUAAUCUCACUGUACAUCAGCGAAGACAUACUUCAGAUAAACCAUAUAUGUGCAAUGAAUGUGGAGAGGGAUUCACUGUGAAGAGUCGUCUGAUUAUACAUCAGCGAAUGCACACGGGAGAGAAACCCUAUGUAUACAGUGAAUGUGGAAAAGGCUUCCCAGUAAAAAUAUACCUGACUGUACAUCAAUGGACUCAUACAGGAGAGAAACCUUAUGUAUGUAGUAAUUGUGAUGAAGGCUUUAGGAAGAAGACAUGCCUUGUACAACAUCAGAGAUUUCACUCAGGAAAUACUUGCUUUGCAUGUACUGAAUGUGGAAAAUUCUCAUUCAGCAAAAAUGAUCUUAUUACCCAUCAGAGAAAUAACAUGGGUGAGAAACCCUAUUGAUGUAAUGAAUGUGGGAAAGCCUUCACUACAAACUCAGACCAUUAUAUUCAUCAAAGAACACAUACAGGAGGGAGGCCCUAAGAAUGCAGCAAUCGUGGAAAAGCUUCUGACCACUUGUCAUUUUUAAACGAGAUUUCAUAGGUGUUUGCUUUGGGGAAAGCCUGUUUCGAACGUUAGGCUCUCAAGGUUAUAGUAUGCAAUGAAGAAUAACUUAAUGCAAAAGGAGAGAUGGGGGG